AUGGUAUUCCGAAAAUGGCGAAUUCUCCUUCAAAAUUCACCAUCUAUUCCUCUUAGUGUAUUUGAUAAGGUCACUUACCACACCCACAUCAGGCUGUUAAUUUAUCGCCUAUCGUCCUCAACAAACCACCCAAUGCAACAAAUUGAGCUUGGGCUGCAAAGGGCCUUAUCAGAAUAUAGGGAAUGGGCAGACAGAUUAGGAAGAAAAUGGAGAAAGGUGAUCCUGUCAUGUUUUCUUAAAUGCACAAAGGUGAAGUUAGUCGAGGCAUCAGUGGACAGCAAGCUUGAUGGAUUGAUGCCUCUAAAGCCAUCUUCAAUAUUACUCAGUCUUCACCCUAGCUUAAAGGAUGUUGAGGAGCUUGUGCAAGUUCAGCUCACAAGGUUUACUUGUGGCUCAUUAGUGAUUGGCUUCACAGCCCAUCAUUUAGUAGCUGAUGGUCAAUCCACUAGCACUUUCUUAGUUGCUUGGGGAAAAGCUGCUAGAGGACUUGACAUAAGCCCCCUUCCUUUUCAUGAUCGGACCAUUUUUAAGCCUAGAAAACCUCCAAUUUUUGAGUUUGAACACAGAGGAGUUGAAUUCAAAAGCAAGGUCGUCAAAGAUUUUCAUAAUUAUAAUAAUUGUCUGGAUAAUAACUUUGCAGAUGACAUUGUUAUCCAUAAAGUACACUUCACAUUAGCAUUUCUUUCCAAGCUCAAAUUCAGGGCUUCUCCACCAUCUUCGACAAACAACAAACCUUAUAGCACUUUUGAGUGCUUAGUUGCAAUCAAACCUUAUAGCACUUUUGAGUGCUUAGUUGCUCAUUUGUGGAGAAGCAUAACAAAAGCUCGAGGACUCGGCAGGUUUGAAACCACCAGCGUGAGAAUUUCAGUCAAUGGUCGCAAUCGAAUGAGUCCGCCAGUACCGAAUGAGUACAAUCGAAUGAGUCCGCCAGUACCGAAUGAUUACUUCGGUAACUUGGUGCUAUGGGCAUUCCCAAGUUCCAGAGUUAAAGAACUAGUGAAUGAGCCAUUAUCUCAUGCUGCCAAGCUCAUUCACGAUGCCAUUUUAAAGGUGAACAAUAACUACUUCAAGUCAUUCAUAGACUUCGCCACCCAUAAGGCGGAGAACGAAGAAGAGGAAUUGGUUCCAACUGCGGAGAUGAACAAAUCAGCUUUAUGCCCUAAUUUGGAAGUUGAUAGUUGGCUAAGGUUUCCAUUUUAUGAUCUUGAUUUCGGAGGAGGUUGUCCAUAUCUAUUUAUGCCUUCUUAUUUUCCAACUGAAGGAAUGUUGUUUCUUCUACCUUCGUUCAUCGGUGAUGGAAGUAUUGAUGCUUACGUACCUCUUUUCCAGGAUAACGCAGCUACCUUCAAAGAAGUUGUCUAUUCACUAGAAUAAAUACAAUUAAUGGUUACCACCUUAAAAUUUUCUCAGCUUCUAAGAUUGGAGUUUUUAUAUAUUAAAUAAUUGUUUGUUGCCAUGUACUUUCUUAAAGGUAGACUGUCUACCUACUCGUAACAAUUGCUUAAAGUUAAUACUUAUUUUAUAAAUAUAAUAAGAUCAUAUAGACAAGCAAA